AUGAGAAGUUGUCGGUCGCCUAAGCUAAAUGUUAAGGGUGGCGACUGGAGCAGUUUCUUCCAUCAGUUCGAAGCUGUUGCUUCACAGUCCACCACAAAUGUAACACGUCCAUCUAUCGUCGAUGACAAUGUGCCUCUGCCAAUUAUCCAUAAUCCUUUAAGAACCACUUUUUUGGAAAGAGUAGGUACAGUUGCAGGUGGCCAUCAUUUUGACAUCGCCUAUCAGGAAACAGUGGAUGAGCAUGUAAAAUGUCAGGUGUGUGGGAUGCUUCUUCGUCGGACAAUGUUUGCGGCACAUGUUCGACAGCGUCAUCCAGAAAUGUGCCCUCCUUCAUUGUCAACCGAUGACGAUUCCGGACGACAUUCUGGUCUAGAGUCCCCUGAUAUCAGUCGAAAUCCGAAUUUCCCCUUCUCACCAAAGCUCAUGUCUCCUCCAAUACCCAAAGAGCCUAUAAAGCUGACGAUAAGUCUGAAGGGGCAUCGCAAACACAAGCGCAGGAAGACAAAACGCGAACGCCGCGGGGAAGACGCAACAGUAUCCUCGAUGGAAGAAGAACAGCAUUCUCCAGACGCGCAUGAUUCGAAGAAUGAAGAUAGAUUUUUCUGGCCUGAUGACGAACAGCCAGGUCCAUCUUCUCAAACAAGCACACCGAAUUUUUUGGGGCAUGGCUUAUCCCCUUCGGGUCGCUUGAAAGUACCAGAAAGCCCUGAAAGCGUUGAAGAUGUAGUCAUGCACACUUCGCCUCGGACCCAUGCGCGAGCUAGACAAGAAGCAUCGUCAGACGAGGACACGAAGAAAAGAAGAAAGAGGAAGAGCAAACGAAAGACUAGAAGAAAGGAUCGCGAUAACAGCACAACUCCUGUCACACCGCGAUCGCGAGUUUUGCCGGCUGUGGAGCCCCUUCGACUUGCUAUCACUCCAGAAGGUGCACGUGUGAUAGAUCGUCGCUCUCCGGCUGCAACCUGCCGCCAAGCCAGUCAAACAGAGCGAAAUCGUCCGGAGACUCGUUCCUUCACUCACUCUCAGCAGACAUCCUCAAGAAGCGCUUUUACGGAGAUACAGUCCUUUCCUGCCUCAUCCCACGUCCUUCCAACUCCGCAAUCGUUCUCUCAUCUCAGCGCUCAGCCUGCGUCAACUAGCGGAACAGCGUGUGAAGCAAAAGAAGAACGGAUCAAAACGCUCACUGUAGGGCAGCCAGCGAGAAAAGCGGGGAGAGGAGAUGCUGUAGAAUCACUGUUGCCGUCGAGUCCUCCAGUUGCUACUGUACUCACACCGUCAUCAUGGGUUUAUUCACAAUCUCAGAUCACUACAGAAAUUCCCAUAUUGCCUACCUACAACACACGAUCUGUGCGUAAAGCCGCAGUCGAAAGUGCUUCCUUUCGUCCUGAAGCGAUCGCAUUUGAUCCGUUUAUCAAGCCGAGUGCGCUCGUGGAGCCGGAAGGUGUAAGACCUGCCGUUAGUGAUAGUGCAUUUCUAGAAGAAGCUGCUGAUCCUCACUCGACUGAAAAUCGCAGGCCUAUUCUGCCACAGAGGAAAACCAGGCAACCGUCUGGGUCUCAGGAAGCAUCCUGGGAGCCACUUGGCAUAAAGAGCCCAACCUAUGGUGUCGUCUUACCCGUGGCUCCGAGGCAAGAUAAUGAUGCAGACGAUGCAACGGUGGCGUUCCUCACUUCGUCACCCGAACUACUGUCUGAAGAUGACUCUUGUCCUAUAAAGGAGGAAGUCGAAGAAUCACAGAGCAUGAUAGGAGCAUCACCUUUGAGGAUGUACCGUCAAAAAAUUCGCUCUGGGCACAGCGCUACUUCUGAGAGCACGGACACCGAUCAGAGGACAAUAAUUGACGUAGAAGAAGACCAAGCGGAGCGUCGGUCAAGCGAUCGUGACUCGGAAAUUCGAUCAUUGACGAAAAAAUUGGCUGCGUUGUCGCAAGAACAACUGGAGCAGCGCAAGUUGUCCGUGGAUCUGUCGAGAUCGGUCUCCGAAAAUGUGAACGAAUCUGCAGUGGCCGUCUUGGAGGCCUCACCAGUUCUGCACAUUGAAACCGUAGAGACUACAUUGCCAUACAUUCCGAUGCAACGAAAGGAAGUGGAAGGUCUAGACGAACAACAGGACAGAGAAGAGCUGGUUUUUACGCCCGACGACCAACAUAUCCCCGUACUAGACGGAACCUUUGACGCUAUUUUUGGAUCCGGACCUUUGGAGUACAGCCAGUCUGAACUAUCCAGAGAAGUGUUGGAACAUUCUGCUACUGAUCAAGCCAGUUUGCAACGAAUCUACGAGGAAGGUGUGGAAGAGCAAGAGCGCUUUGUGCCAUCGCAACAGCUAGCCGCUAGCGUUAGUGGUUUAUCCAUCGGCAGCGAGAAGAGCGAGAUGCCCAUAAAUGUCUUGGUUACUACAAGAAGUGAAGGUCGAGAAGUUUCUGCCGGCGCUAGUGAUCAUGAGCGCACGUUGUCACCGAUCUCCUUGAUUGGUUCGGGCGCGAAAUUGGCCAAAUACAGAGAAGAGGAAGAAAUAAGUUCUUAUGGAGAAGAUUAUUCGGCAGACGAUGAUGAGCUUGUAGAUCUGCAUGAGAGCUCCAUUUCUAAUUACCGCGAGCUGGAACAGCAAACAGAAUAUGAGCAGAGCCUAAGACAGCAACCGCCAUCUUCAGUUACACUUACGGAAGGACCCGCUUUUUCAACGUUAGAAAAUGUAGACGAGAUCGCGCCUCAGAUUACCAUGCAAGAGGCACCGCAGACAUUGCAGUGGGAUGAUAUACCUGCCGUGCCCUUUCACCCGGGUCCUGCUGAGCUGAGAGUCCAAACUGCUUUUGAAGGACCAUCCACAUCUCAGCAGGUUCUGCAGCACUCUGAGCCUCUCCCGCAAAGACUAUCCUCUCAAAGACCGUCGAUGCCCAACACCCUGACUUAUGGAGCGACCCCAGUUGUCCCAGCACACCAAGCACCACCUCCACCUCAUUCAUUUCCUUUGCAAGGAGGCCAGGGUCAAAAAAGUGAUUCCCAGCAGUGGUCCCAGUUACACUCUUUACGGAUCACUCAGAAUGCGAAUGUGCAGGGUCGGGAGGUAACGAUUGUGACUGAUCAGCAACAGAUUUCGCUCGACCAGGGACAGCAGAAAAUACGAUUUCACUCUGGGCAAACUCAGUUCCAACCUUACAAGCCUCGCCAAACUGCGGUAUCUGGAAUUUCUCAGUCGUACAUACAGCCUGAUACUUUCGCUUUUCCCCAGUCCCACCCAUAUCCAUAUGAACUGCAAUCCCAGCAGCCAACCCCUUUGGAGCAAGCAUCGCAGUGGAUACCAUCAUUUAGUACAGGAACACAAGUACGUAGACCGGCGGAGUUGAUGGAAGCGGAGAUGAAAGCUAUGCGUUACAUUUACCUGAUGAACGAACAACGUCAUGCAAAGAAAACUCUGGCUGAACAAGACGAAAAGCUGUCGAAGAUUGCCGAAGAAAAGACCAAUAACUUAAUUUUGCUAACCGAAUUACCGCCCAUAAUCAUCGAACCAACGGUGAUCCCAGAAGGAGUGUCCAGAUUCAGAAUGCAGGUUGGAUCUUUCUUUCAAGGCAAUGGCUUUGCAAAAUGGGCCCCUGUCAGUUGGUGAUA